GCGCGCCGGGUGCGCGGUCCGGCGGGCGCGGCGUCGCGGGGCACAAUGGCCAGAGCGGCCGGCUGAGGGUGAUUCUCGCCUGUGCGCCGCGCUACAGUUCGCGCGGCUCGCCAAACCCUCGGCCGCAGAGUGUGCGGGCGGCGGGCCAUGUUCUCGGGGAACCGCAGCGGCGGCCAGGGCUUCUGGGAGGACGGUGGGGCAACGGGCGCCGAGGCGGAGCCGGCGGGGACGCGGAGCCCGGCGCCACUCUUCAGCCCGGCGGCAUACGAGCGCCUGGCUCUGCUGCUCGGCGGGCUCGCGCUGCUGGCCGUCGGUGGCAACCUGCUGGCGCUGCUGCUCUACUCCAAGUUCCCGCGGCUGCGCACGCCCACCCACCUCCUCCUGCUCAACCUCAGCCUGGGCGAUCUGCUGGGGUCCCUAUUCGGAGUCACUUUCACCUUCGCGUCGUGCCUCCGGAGCGGCUGGGUGUGGGACGCCGUGGGCUGCGCGUGGGACGGGUUUAGCGGCAGCCUCUUCGGCUUUGUUUCCAUCACCACCCUCACUGUUCUGGCCUAUGAACGUUAUAUCCGUGUGGUCCAUGCCAGAGUGAUCAGUUUUUCCUGGGCUUGGAGGGCCAUUACCUACAUCUGGCUCUACUCUUUGGCAUGGGCAGGAGCACCUCUCCUGGGAUGGAACAGAUACAUCCUGGACGUGCAUGGACUGGGCUGCACCGUGGACUGGAAAUCCAAGGACGCCAACGACUCCUCGUUUGUGCUCUUCUUGUUUCUCGGCUGCCUGGUGGUGCCCAUGGGCAUCAUAGCCCAUUGCUAUGGUCAUAUUCUGUAUUCAGUUCGAAUGCUUCGCUGUGUUGAAGAUCUUCAGACAAUUCAAGUGAUCAAGAUUUUAAGAUAUGAAAAGAAAGUGGCCAAAAUGUGCUUUUUGAUGGUCUUUGUCUUCGUGACUUGCUGGAUGCCUUAUAUAGUGGUCCGGUUCUUGUUGGUUAAUGGCUAUGGAUACCUGGUCUCUCCACUAGUGUCUAUUGUUUCUUAUCUCUUCGCUAAAUCAACCACUGUGUACAAUACGGUUAUCUAUAUCUUCAUGAUCAGAAAGUUUCGAAGGUCCCUUCUGCAACUCCUGUGUUUUCGGCUGUUGAGAUGCCAGCGGCCGGCUAAAAACCUACCACCAGCUGAAAGUGAGAUGCAGAUCAGGCCCAUUGUGAUGUCACAGAAGGAUGGGGACAGGCCAAAGAAGAAAGUGACUUUCAAUUCUUCCUCCAUCAUUUUUAUUAUCACCAGUGAUGAGUCCCUGUCGGCCGAUGACAGUGACAGAACCAAUGUAUCCAAGGUCGACGUCAUCCAAGUUCGUCCUUUAUAGGAAUUGAAGAUGGAGCCUUGGAUUAGAUGCCCCAUUUGGACUUCUGUUGUCUGGAUUGUUCUGGAAAUCCACUUAGUAUAUUAUCAACAGAACCUCUGUGGCUCAGCAGGAAAUCUGCCCUCAUGAAGUGACUGAGGAAGACAAAGACUUCUUAAUUCAAUGGGUGCUUUUAAACAUGAGAAAACGCUAGAGGCACAAGAUGGGCAACUGGCACCAUCAUCUAAUAUGUUAGAAACUAGCAUUUCAAAUAUAUUUUUUAAUGAAUGUAUUUGCCAAAGCACAUAAUAUACUUUUUUCUCAAAGAUAUUUCACUGUAAAAAUAACUGUCCUACACACAUGUGCAAUAAAUAGAUAGGACGUCUUGAGUGUGCUGCUGUGUUGAGUCCUGUGUCAUGUUGUGUGUUUAACCAAUUAAGUUUAUUAAAGAUAAUAAAUCAAUCCCCUACUUUUAUCUGAAAAUAAGACUGUUGUCCUAUGUGUCAUAUGACUAAGAGGGCUUCAGAAUCACUGAGAAAUUUCCAGAAGAUACUGCAUCAUAGCAACGAGGAGACUUCACACUGAUCACGCGGAUGGUUAAAGAUAGGAUAGUGGAGAGCAUGUGUGGAGAAGAGGGUGUUGAGGGCAGAGUAAUGUCUCUGUUUCAUUUCAAACAUGAGCUCAGUAUGAUUUUCUUUUCCUUUCAAUCAUUGACCACCAUUUUGUUAGAGGUUCUGCACUUCGGAGUUCCCAGCAAACAGACAUUACAUUUGAAGAGGGAUGAAAAUAAGUGGUUUAGUACAUUUAUAACAUGUAUUAUUUGAAUUUUUAUUACAUUUAUUUAUUAGAGAGAGAGAGGGAGAGAGAGAGAGGUGUGUGUGAGUGUGCAUAUGGAGGCUAAAGGACAACUUGCAGGAGUCGGUUCUUUCCUUCCACCAUGGGUCCCUGGAAUCAAACAGGUUGGCAGACUUGAUGGCAAGCACAUUUACCUGCUGAGCCAUCUCACUGGACCCAUACAAUUUAUUAUUUAAUGUUCAUUGCUUAUCAGUAAGCCCUUGGAGAACAGACCAUUUUCCCGGGGCUCAUUGUUUAUACCUGGAGAAUAGAAUAUGCUACCCUCGAAUAAGUCCUAUUUUGCACACAGAUUAUUUUGAGCAGGAGGUGACUGAGAAUUGAUACAAGGAAAAGCCCCCCCCACCACCCCCUGCUUGCCUAAAAACAGGACAGAGUUUACAAAGGUGACUGCCCAUAAAUUGCUCCUCAAAUCCAAGUGUCUUGGCACAUCUAAAAUUUUCCUUCUUCAUUGAAGCUGUUGUAUAAACCAGGGUAUUCCAAACCAGCACACCAAACAUGAAUUAUUAAGACUGAAGGAUGUCUCUGACAGUAUAGAAAACGCCAAAUUGCUUCAUUUUUAUGAACUAAUUUUUUACUUCCAAGUCAGUAUUGUCUCAUUAAUUACAGUAUUUGAGUAAUCUCUAAAUGCCCCAGUGAGCCUACCAAAGAAGGAAGGAACGAAGGAAAUGUUUCCACUAACUGCACUUUAGAGAAUGAAGUUCACUGCAGUAUAAAGUUCAAAAAAACUACUUCUUGGUGUGUGAAAUGGAAUACAGUAUAGUUUCAUAUUUCUAUAAAAUGAUAUCCCUGUUUCCUUUAUACUUGUAUAUAUAAAUAUUCAUUAAUAAAAGUCCUUUCUAUAUUUCAUUCACUAAGAUGGCAUUAAUAACCUUUUUCUUAUCUUCAUAAGAUCAUAAUUCUGGUAUCCAGAGACUCAGAAAUCAAACAUAUUCAAACUGGAGCUUUGGCCCUCCCCCAGCUCUCAAGGACACAUCUGGUUUUAUCAAGUGGCUCUGAGUCCUGUGGUUAACCAGGCUCCAACCAUGUGAUGAAGGAAAAAUAGUGUUUAGCAAGCUGUGGUUUUCAAUCCUGUGUGUUUCCAUCCUAUUACAAGCACUUAAAAAAAUAAAAGGUAUUAUUGUGUUAAUGUGUCUUCCCAGAGGCCUUUGGGGCCUUAAUUUCUGAGAAGUGAAAGAGAGCUUGGUUACUGCCUUUUUAAAUUUAGAAUGACCCA